CUUCUGGAGACGUCAACUUCAGUAACAAUUCCUAUUAUUGAUUCCCGUCAAUGUUAUUAAUUUAGUACAACAGAGGUCAUGUAUCACCCCCGUCCCUGUGGGUGUAAGGGGCAGAGGACCUGUCUGGUGUGUGAGGAGGAUCAUGAAGCUGUCAACACCUACAACAGUUGGGUUAAUGAGGAACAGAGGGAGUGCUCCUAUGUGUAUUGCCCAAUGUGUGACCUCGCCUGGCCAGGCUGGGAGACGGACAGCUGGAAAGUUCACCCACAUCAUCAGGGAGAACCCAUCAGAUUCCCUGGAACUAAAAUUGUAUUAGACUUCAUAUCUGAGGAAGAAGAAAGGGAACUCCUAACUCACAUUGAUGAAGUUCCGUGGGAUCCUUCUCAGAGUGGUCGACGGAAACAGGUAGAAAGCUGUUUUGGUUUAUAAGUAAUAACAGAUUUA